CCCCAGUAUGCAGAGCAUGCGCCUGCUAGUCAUGUCAGAGGAGGAGAAGAAGCCUGUUUUGAUGGAGUGCCACAAUAACCCUGGUACCGGGAACCACAAUGGUGUCAGAGGUACCCGAAACAUGGUUGUUGCUGGCUUUUACUGGCCAACAUUGAACCAGGACAUCAGUGAAUGGGUCAGAUGUUGUCAUCGCUGCCAGAUGAAUGACCCAAUCAAGACCGUGGCACCAACAUUACAUCCCAUCAAGGUACAUCUUAAAGCUAUUUACAUUUAAUUUUCAAGUUAAUAAGCUUGUCUGCUGCAGGUUAGCUUUAAAUUUUCACUUGAUAAGUUCUGUGACCUGCAGGUAAGAGAACCUUGGGAGUUGCUGGGCAUGGAUUUAAUUGGACCACUCCCAGAAACACGUCUAGGGAACCGAUAUGUCCUGACUAUGACCGUUCUGGGUGAUUGCAGAACCUCUUAAGUCCAAGACUGCUGCUGAGGUCUCUGCAGUCAUGACGUCUAAGUUAUACAUGUUUGGCAUGGUGAGGAAGAUCAUCACUGACCAAGGAAAGGAGUUUGUGAACCAGGUAAAAUUUGUGAAAGUGUUAGUCGUACCUUGACAUUUGAGAUGAUGUAUUUAGACCAAGUCUGCUCAUGCCACUGCAGCUCAACGACAGCAUUUUCAGCAUGCUGAAUAUUAAACAUGCUGUCUCCAGUGCUUACCACCCCCAGACCAACAGGCAGGUUAGCAUUUGGAUAUCUAACCUUGAGUAACUCAUGGGAAAUCAGUCAUGCUUCUUUAUCUAUUCUGCAAUACAACUCAAGGAUGAGAGGACCAACCAGAACAUUAAGCAUGCUCUCAGAAAGUACGUGAACCAGAACCAUGACGACUGGGACGUUCACCUUGCUGCUGUGGUGUACGGCAUCAACACUGCAAAGCAGCACUCCACCCGCCACAGUGCCUAUUUCCUGCUCUUCUACCGACAUCCACGUCUUCCUGCUGUGAUGAACACCUGUCCCAUGGACGAUGACUUUGAGGUUGCAGACCCAGAAGUGGACAUCGACACAAGAGUUGAGGAGAUGACGGUUCUGAAUGAAACAGUCUGUACAUUUGAAGAGGGCUGACUGACAGGGAAAGGAGACUUGUUGAGGAAAAAAGGGGAAAUGUGGUUCUUCGCAAUAUUGAGAGGGCACAGGACACCCAGAGGAAGACCUUUGGAACACGGAAAAGGAAGCUAGUAAGGCAGUGUGUUGUUCAAGCAGGCGAUGACGUGCUUCUGUCAGGAGAAAACAGGAAUAGACCUUGAGUUCUUUCCCCAGCAGUUCAUGGGAAAUUGCUGCGGCAUCUUUAUGCUGAUGUAUGCUCUCUGCAUCUGCACCUCAUCUCCACCAUCUUUCACAGAGGAGGAAAUGCCAGCAAUUCGCCUGUGGUGGUGUAUUCAGCUGCUGGAGAGAUUCGGCAUUGAGGGGCAUGGACAAAGAUUUGCCUUCUGGACAGAAGAAGCAUCCCUUCUCCUCCAGGGGACUCUCCAGCCUGUCUUCAGGGUACCAAAGGCAACCUCCUCCAAGCCUUCACCAAGUCUAAUCAGACCGGCUGAGGCUGACAGGUGUCUUAUACUGGAGUUACCAGAACGUGUCCUAAUGGACAUAUUGGAGAGUUUUGUGGGAGUUUUUGAUCAUUCUUCUUGGAGUACUAUAGCAAAAACUUUAAUGCUCUUGUGGCAAGGUGGAUAAACGAGGGCCCGGGCGGGAUUCGAUCCCCAGACUCCCGGGUGAGAGUCAUACACUCUAACCAGUCAGCCAAAGGGACUGAUCAAGGAUGAUCAAUCGGGACAUUGUGACAGGACACUCACACUGUCACACUCUGUUUGAGAAAGUGAAUCUGUUGGGCUUGUACCUGGUACUCAGAGUACCACACUGCCAGAAAGGGCACGCUGAAAAUAAAAAGCUUUUUAUUUCCAUCAA